AUGGCUUUCUCUCGCUCCCUCACUUCCUUCCUGCGCACUUCGCGGCACAUUGCGGCCCCUGCUCGAGGCCUCAACCCCGUCAACAGAGUCUUUGGUCACGACAGAUUCGGAGCCCGAACCUAUGCUGCGGUCUUCGAACGAAACAAGCCGCACGUGAACGUCGGUACCAUUGGCCACGUCGAUCAUGGCAAGACCACUCUUACUGCUGCCAUCACCAAGAGACAGGCCGAAAAGGGCUAUGCCCAGUUCCUGGAGUAUGGAGCCAUCGAUAAAGCCCCCGAAGAGCGAAAACGAGGUAUCACCAUCGCAACUGCGCACAUCGAGUACCAGACCGAUGCACGCCACUAUUCCCACGUCGACUGCCCUGGCCACGCCGAUUACAUUAAAAACAUGAUUACUGGUGCCGCUCUCAUGGACGGUGCUGUCAUGGUGGUUGCCGCAGGUGAUGGACAAAUGCCGCAAACCCGAGAGCAUCUGCUGCUGGCGCGUCAAGUCGGUGUGCAAAAGAUUGUUGUUUUCGUCAACAAGGUCGACACUGUCGAAGAUCCUGAAAUGUUGGAACUGGUCGAGAUGGAAAUGCGUGAAUUGCUAUCUACCUACGGCUUCGACGGAGAUGAGACCCCCAUCAUCUUCGGCUCGGCUCUCUGCGCCCUUGAGGGCACCAAACCCGAGAUUGGCAUCGAGAAGAUUGAUGCUCUGAUGAACGCCAUCGACACCUGGAUUCCCACUCCGGUCCGCGAUACCGACAAGCCUUUCAUGAUGUCUGUCGAAGAGACCUUCUCCAUCUCUGGCCGAGGUACCGUUGCUUCUGGCCGUGUCAUGCGUGGUAUUUUGAAGAAGGACUCGGAAGUCGAAAUCGUCGGUGGUGGCGAUCAGGUUAUCAAGACCAAGGUCACGGAUAUUGAAACCUUCAAGAAGUCCUGCGACGAGUCCAGAGCCGGCGACAACUCGGGUCUUCUGCUGCGUGGUGUCAAACGUGAGGACGUCAGACGUGGAAUGGUGAUUGCAGUCCCCGGCACGGCCAAGGCACACCAAGAAGUGCUCGUGUCCAUGUACGUCUUGACGGAAGAAGAAGGUGGACGGAAGUCAGGCUUCACCCAAGCCUAUAAACCCCAGCUCUUUAUCCGGACCGCCGACGAGUCCGCCACCUUGGCCUGGCCCGAGGGAACCGAAGACACCAGCAAAUUGAUCAUGCCAGGCGACAAUGUCGAGAUGGUUCUCAAAACAAUCCACCCCAUCUGCAUGGAACCUGGUGAACGAUUCAACCUCCGAGAAGGUGGAAAGACAGUCGCCACUGGGCUGAUUACAAGAGUCGUGAAAUAA